AUGGUGCUUCUGGCAGCUUCGAUAACGACGCGCGGCGGGAAACCCGUUAUUUCCCGCCAGUUCCGUGAGAUGGCCGGAAGCCGGAUCGAGUCGCUGCUUGCCUCGUUCCCGAAACUGAUCAACUCAGGAUCACAGCAUACAUUUGUGGAGACAGAUUCUGUGCGAUACGUCUACCAGCCAUUGGAAGAUUUGUAUAUGAUCCUGAUCACGACCAAAAACUCCAACAUUUUGCAGGAUAUCGACACGCUCCAUCUCCUAGCUCGCGCCGUGAGUGACCAGUGCCACUCAUUGGAUGAGCAUAGUGUUUUGUUGAAUGCAUUCGAGAUUUUGGAGGCAUUUGACGAAAUCGUGGCGCUUGGUUACCGCGAGAAUGUGACUCUUUCGCAGGUGCGCACGAUGCUGGAAAUGGACAGUCAUGAAGAGCGCAUCCACGAGAUCAUCGAGCGGAACAAAGAGCUCGAGGCGAAAGAGGAGCUUAAGCGCCGCGCGCGCCAGCUGGAAAUGCAACGUCGUGACGCGGCACGUCGUCAACACGUCGGCAUGGGAAACGACAUGUAUCAGCAGGCCAAGUCGUACGAUACGCCUACGUCGGCGCCCGUGCAUAGUAUGCCAGAGGCGCAGAAUUACACUGUCCCUGCGCCGCUCAAGGGCAAGGGCAUGUUGCUUGCCAAGAAGCCCAAGGGUGCUGGGUUGCUUGGCUCGAUGCAAAAAGACCUUGGUGCAAAGAAGGUAUCGGACCGUCGCGUUCCGUCUGUGAGCCUCGAGGCUGCGCAGGUGAACAGCCCUGUCGUUCCACAGUCGCCUUUGGAGCCUAUCGUUAUACAGGAGCCAGUCGCGCAGUCGUCGCUGGGCUUGGAAGGCAUGUCCCUCACUACGAAGAAAAAUGCUUUGCAUGAAACGAGCGUCGUAGGGCCGGCAGCACCGAGUGAGCAACAUGCACAGCCAUCGCUGCUGGAUUUCGAUCCCGCUAUGGAUAGCGGCGCUGAGGUGCACAGCGUUAUUAAAGAAAAAACUGCACUGCCCGCGCUUCCCAAGGAAGAGUCGCUAUUCACGUCCGCUGCGCAAGACGAUGCGUUUAGCUCUACUAAUGCGACAUACACAGCGCAUGAGGUGCAGUUGGAAGACAAUGCGUGGGACGAGGAACUCGUACAGCCUGAAAUGGCGGGUAUGGCAGAGCCAUUGGUAUCGGAAACGGAGCCUGCGCAAACGUUGGAGCAAGCGUACCCAUUGGAAGGGAUGCAUGAGACACUCGAGCAGGAAACGCCUGCAUUUGAAACGGAGGAGCAGUUGGAACAGUACAAUCCUGAGCCAACGGACGUUUCUGAAGGACAAGCAUACGCCCAUGAAGCCAGUGCAUUGCAAGCACCAGAUUCAGAAGCAUCCGAGUCCAUGCAAGACACUGCGGCGCUUACGCCCGGCCUGGCAUCUGUUCCUGCAAUGCAAGCGCAUAAAGAUCCACUUUUGCCGACAGAACCUACGCCUGCAUCUCCUACAGUGCCUUCCAUGCCCCCUUCCGUCCCGCAUACCUCUGAGCCCAGUGCUGUUACAGAGAAUGUGCAACUCGUACUCAAAGAGCGUGUCUCCAUGACGGGCAACCGCGACGGCGGCUUGGACUCGUUGGAAAUCAAAGGCGAUCUACUGCUCAAAAUCACUGAUCCAGAAGUCGCGCGCCUCUCGCUCAACGUCGUAGCACAGGACCAAUUCGGUGGCGCAGAAGUGCAGUACCGCACACACCCCCAUGUUGACAAAGCAGCGUGGGGAGCAGAACGCAAAAUUGCGUUGCGCGAUCCACGACGGCCGUUCCCGCUGCAUCAACAAGUCGGUGUGCUUCGCUGGCGUGUAGUGUCCAACGAUGAGACAAAAAUGCCCCUUUCUAUUACCGUGUGGAUUAGCCCAAUGAACGACGGUGCCGCCGAGGUGAAUGUCGAGUACGAGCUCGAGGCGCUCGAUCUGACUCUGACCGACGUCACCUUCGCCGUGCCGAUCCCUGCAGGCAGCAUCCCCGAAGUGCAAGCACCGGAUGAGGGCAUGUUCGAGUUCGAUGCAGCAAACGCUCGUGUCCUCUGGCGCUUGGACAGUAUCAGCGCCGCAAACCCCUCGGCAAACGUGGAGCUUGCCGUGCAAAGCGGGGGCGAUGAUGCGGACGCAUUUUUCCCCGUCUCGAUCGAUUUCACCGGCUCGCGCGUCCUGUCCGGCCUGCAAAUGGCCGGUGUGGUCGCCGCGGAAACGGGCGCACCGAUUCCUUUCGCCGCGCGGCACCAGCUUGCAGCGGAGAAUUACCUUGUCCGCUAA